GACGACACUACCCGCGACCUCAUUGUCUUCUCGCUUCAGGACUUGCGUUUUACGAAAAUCAGCCGCGCAAGUAAUACGGCUGAUUCUUGGAAAUUUGUUGUACCACGAUUUGAAAUACAAUUCAGGCUAGAAGUUGAAAAAUAUAGAAAAAGGCCAAACGAAACAUACGAACACUAUGUAGAUUUUUUAAAUUAUACAAAUCAACUGUAUGAUCCAAAAAGUGAUUCAAGACCCCGUCACCUACUAUCCAAAUUAUGAAGGGAUGAUCUAUACGAGAAAUUUUGAAGGAAACAUUUUGUUAUUCACGAAUUGGAAUCGUAACAAGCUUUACUGUUGGAAUAUGGAUACACCAUAUGAAGAAGAGAAUGUUGAUGUGCUCACGAGAAUCGGUGAAACUAAAUAUAGAUUUUCAGCUUUAGAUGCGGUUGGUAGCGUUUUGCACGGACUAAUGCAAAGAACUUUAAAUAGCACAUCGUCAAAGUUCAAUAAAGACGAAAACAAUUUUUGGCUUUUCUCAACGAACCUUGAUAAGCUGCUGGAAGGAUCAAAAUGCUCCAAAAGUAACCAGUGCACGGAUUAUUUGACGCGGAGAUCGAACAGUCAAAAUUUAUUAUUUUUAAGUAGAUUAUCACCAAAAUACGUAUCUGACAGCGUUAUUAGAAAUGUUGAAAAUAUAUGGCAAGUCACGGGCAUCAUGAAUUAAAACACUCUGCAUUGGGCCUCGUAACAUGACCAUCAAAAACACAACGGCGUUUGGAAUUCGUAGUAGUAAUAAAGAAACUGAUA